UAGUAUUUACCCUUUCAUUUUUAUUCCCUCGUAGUUUAAGUGUAACACUUUAGGCCAAUCCCACAUCGACAAAGCACGUGAGAGAUCCAUGGUUCAUAAGUAAGAAACCGACUUUAGUUAGCAAGACCCGUUUUGGGGUGAAAUGGAGGAGUUCUUGUGAGAACUCCGAAGUUAAACGUGCUGAGUGUGGAGUACAACAAGGAUAUCUGACCUUAUGAUAAGUCGCCUUUAAUUGCACCCGAAGUCAAAAUCUGUGAGGGUCGAGGCCCAAAACGGACAAUAUAUUAAUCGAGAAAAGGUUCGAGAUGUUACACUAAGUGUGUCACUUUUUUGGUAGCUUUUUUUUUGCGCAUGAUUCAUAUUUGUUUUGUGAGGUUCGAGGAGUGAAUGUGAUAAUUUGUUAUCGGUGUUGAUGGAGUAUUAAUUGUUGAGUGGUCAGAAGGUGAAUUUGAACAAGUCGGCAAUUUAUUUUAGUGGAAAUAUUAAGGAGCAUCUAUGUCAGGAAAUGGUGCAGUUUUUGGGUAGGAGUUAUUUGGGUGCAUGAUAAGUACGUAGGACUAUCGUCGUUGAUUCAUUAUUCUAAAAUGGAAACUUUUAUGUAUUUGGAGGGGAAGCUCUUUGAUAAACUCCAAGGUUGGAACAGAGACAUUUGUCAUGUGCGGCAAAAGAGACGUUACUCAUUGUAGUUGCCUCAGUCAGUGCUGCCAAUUCAUGGCAUGUCUUGAUUUCUGUUACCUCUAACUAUGUGUCGUAAGUUGGAUAAGUAUAUGACUCGUUUCUGGUGGGGGUUUUCAGUAGAGGGUGAUAAAGCUCAUUGGGUUUCCCAAAGGAACCUCUGUCGUAGUAAAUUUGAAGUAGGUUUGGGCUUUCAGCGAUUUGAGAAUCUUAAUCAAGUUCUGUAGGCAAAGGUUUCUUGGCGCCUAUGGAUAGAUCCUUGGCCUCUUUUGGCUCGGGUUUUGAAAGGGAAAUACUCCCCCAUUCCAGUGUGCUAACAACGCAGGCCCACUCGAGACCAUCAUGUGGUUGGGUCAAUAUUAUGCAUGGGAGAGACCUGUUGCUUGAAGGCUGAUGUCGGCAGAUAGAAGGAUAAGAGCAAGUGCAAAUUUUAAAUGACAAUUACAUUCCAGGAUUUAGUCAGGAUUGGAUCUCGAUUCUUCCUACAACGCCGAACCUAGAGGGGAAAAUGGUGUUAGAUCUUGUUAACUCAGAGGCUGGGCAAUGGUGUAUGGAGUGUUCAGAACAAUGUUUUCCGGCAGGAUGUGAUUAAAGUCAUCCGCAAUAUUCCACUACCUCGAAUUCGGGUACAGUCAGGUGUCUAUACGGUUGAAUCGGGUUAUCAUUUGACUAUAAGUUGAGUCGGAGGAAGUGAGGAUGGAAGGAGGAGGUUUCUUUCUUCGAUGUGGAUUUUUGGAAGAAGGUGUGGGGGUAGGGCUGGGAAUCGGUGCGGUUGCGGUCGAAAUGUAGUCAUUUACGUCAACCGUGGCCGCACCGCAAACGGUUUGCUGUUAAUCACUAAUCGCAAAGUGCGGUUAAUGGUUAACCGUGUUACUAACUAUUCUUACAGUUUAAGGACAUUUUGGUCUAAGGUCGUGUCACGGUUAACCGUACUAAUCGCAGGUAACCGCGUCAGUAAUCGGUUAAAAUGUAAUUACAUGUUGUUCGGUUUCGGUUGCGGCUAACCUGCAAAACGUGCAAUAUUGCUAAGCGCGACCACAAAAUACCCUAUUUUUCGAUUUGUGGUUAACCACUAACCGCGUGGUUUUGGUGCAGUUUGUGGUUUAACCACAAAAUCGCAACCGAAUUCUCACCCCUAUGUGGGGGGUUUCAUAUUCCCUCAAUGCUUAAUUUUUUUGUUUAGCAGAUUAUGAGGAUUCUUCUAGGCGACGGAGGCAAUCAUAGAGAAAGAGGGGAAUUGUGCACCUCGUUGUACGGUAUGCUAGGCAUCUGGUUAAUAUUUUGUGAGAAAUCAUUUUUUUCCUCUAAAUUAUCGAUAUUCAUAAAUAAAACUCAUUCUUUCUAUACGAUUUUGUGUUAUUUAACUUCAACACAUUUUGAGAUUUUAAAAUUUACCGUUAGAUUUUGAAUGAAUCUCAUAAAAUGAAAUAACGACCACCCGAAUCAAUUUCUACUCUAAUCUGGCUUCUGGUUGAAAAUAUACUCUUGAAAUUUGUUGUGAAUGGACAAAAUAACUAACAAAAAAAUGGGUGGGAAAAAUUAUCAUAUCCCAAAAUAAACGAAACAUAUAUAAACGAAAAGAAAUACGAAAUUAAUUAAUAAAAAACAAAAGGGAAAGAGUUAUUUACGUUAGGGGGAGGUCUCCGCUUCUGGGUUAAUGACAGAAAUAUUGUUUUUUUUUUAAAUUUACCACGAAUAUGGCCAAUUAAAAACUAUUGACAAAGAUAUUGUGUUUUAGAGAUAAGAAUCGGCGGGUACACCUGAGACUCAGGCGCUGCCGCUUAAGCUUGGUUUUUGGACCGUUUUAUUAGACUCAGGCGGCGGCGCCCGAGACUGAAGCGAGUAGGUGGGAAAUCAAGACUCCGGCGGUGGCGCCCGAGACUGAGGCGAGUAGGUGGAUUGGCCACCCACCCUAUAAAACCCAGUCAGACUUUUCGUUUCAGAUUCACACCACAAAAAAAAAAAUCGUCCAAAAUAGAGGAGAGAGCUCUGGUUGCUGCUGCAAAAAUGGCUAAUAGGUAAGAGACACAUUUAUUUUUGUAAUUAUAUUAUUCAAAUGCUAUUAUGAUUGUGUUUAGUUUUUAAUUAGUGAGUUUGUUUUUUUUAGUGAUUUUAGAAGAUUUGAACUAGUUGUUCGGUGGAAAUCGGAGAAAGUAGAGGAUAAUUUGGGCGUCAAAUUCGUUGGUGGUAGUAGUUUUCAGUUGACGGUUCCAUCCAGAGUCACAUAUCACAAACUUUGUGAGACUCUAAUUCCGAGAAUACGGCGCAGAGACGAAGCAGUAAAAGAUAGUGAUGUGAUCACAGGUUUCACUUACCGUCUUCCAGAAUGGCAGAAUGAUGUUUUAUUUCAUUAUGCGUUACCUAUUGUGGAUGAUGAUAGCUUGGAUGUGCUUUGGAAUUUUAUGGCACAAAAUCCUUAUUGUUUGGGUGCUGAGAUACAUGUUGAGCUCAGUGAUGAUCAGGGUGGAGAGGAAGAAGAUGAUACAUGGAGCGUGCCAUCCGAUCAUGACUAUGAUCACGGUGAUGACGGAGAGGAGGAAGAUGAGGAGGAGGAGGAAGGAGAGCAGCUUAAUUAUCCUCCAUAUUUUUACUUGCAGGGCAAUGAAGAGGACGAAGAAUUUGCACUUGCUGAUUCAUAUGGCGUAAUUCCAAUGCCUAUUGUUGAUAGUUUUGAAGGAGAAUUCUACAAGGGGCAGAUAUUUCACUCGAAACAAGCUGCACAGAUGGCGAUUAAACACCACGCACUACAACGCAACUUUCAAUAUGGCGUGGUGGAGUCGUCACCUUCAAUAUGGAAGGUCAGAUGCUUGAGGCACAAGGAUGACAAUUGUCCUUGGAUGGUGCGGUUUGGAUGUCGAGAUGUUGGGGGCGAAUGGACUGUGAGAAAAUCUAAGUUGGUGCAUUCUUGUAGCAGUACGACUCAACCGACGGAUCAUCGCCAUCUUGAUGUCGACAUGAUAUCUGAGGCCGUCAAACAUUUGGUACGUGCCCAACCAAAUCUGAGUGUUCUAACUGUUCAAGCCGAGUUGAAAGAUAAGUUUAAUAUGCAAGUUACUUACAAGAAGGCUUGGUAUGGGAAACAAAGAGCAUUGGAGAAGUUGCAUGGAAAUUGGGAAGAAUCCUACGAUUUUUUGCAAACAUUCUUGCGGGUGGUCAAGAGAAAAAUGCCAACAUCGGUGAUUGAUUGGGUAACAGUUCCUUCGACUCAACCCGGUCAUUUAAUAUUUCAGCGAGUAUUCUGGGCUUAUGGACCUUGUAUAGAUGGAUUCAAGAAUUGUCCAGGCGUCAUGGUUGUGGAUGGAACAUUUCUUACUGGGAAGUAUAAAGGAGUGCUACUCAUGGCGAGCUCAUUUGAUGGCCGGAGGAAGAUUUUUCCAAUUGCAUUAAAGUAGCAACCCCGGAUGCCAUAAAGUUGGCCAAGUCCUCACACUGGUCGGGGGUCAGCCCUCCAGACCGUACACCGUCACGCAAACUCACCUCAGCAUGCUCGAUAGUGUCGUACUAAAAAACACCAACAAAAAUGUCAGAUAUUUCACACAAUUAACAACAAAUUAAGCAAAUAAAUCAAAUAACUAACCAACGCCUCUGCUGCAGCUCCUCUCCGUGUGCCGGAUCGUCUGGUGACAUCUCUAUACCACUCCAUAUGCUCCGAGUGGUAGGCUAACUCCUCAUCAGUAUAUGGAGCCGUCGCUACAAACUCGUGUCGACGGUUCCAGAAAGCAAUCGACUCUCUGGAGGCGUGUACCAACUGCUGCCCACGCGAUGGCCCACGAGUAGUCUGGCGAAGAAAAAACCUACCCUCAG